AGUUUGCGAUCAGUGCAGUUGAUAAAUGGAGGAAUUGUGUUUGUCAAGGUAGUUUUGUUUACGCGUAAAUUUUCAUUCAGUAUCAACUCAUCGUGUGUUUUGUGUGUGCUAAGAGGUAGAUGAAGGUGCGUAACAGUUUCCUUCGGGUUUCGUAUUCUGUUUGAAAGGAUUUAAGAUGUCCCGCAAUCAUAAGGACAAAUAUGAAAACUCCAACCAAGUCCUACCCAUACUCCCUCGUCGUGCUCAUACUUUCAUGUCCACAGAGGAUGCAAACUCUGGGAAGAAAUCUUAUUGGCCGGAGUUGGAGAUAACAGGCAGCAUAAGAAAUUUAAGCCCAAAUUUAUGGCAGUUGACGCAUUUGACAGCCUUGUAUCUCAAUGAUAACAGUUUGCAAAGGAUACCAUCUGAGAUUGGUCGUUUAGUCAACUUACGUGCUUUAGAUCUCAGUAGCAAUAAAUUACGUAGUUUACCAGCUGAACUGGGAGACCUCAUCUACCUUAGAGAAUUAUUGUUGAACCAAAAUUACCUCCGUGUGUUACCAUAUGAACUAGGAAAGUUGUUCCAGUUACAAGUGCUUGGACUUCAGGGAAAUCCACUCAGCAAAGAAGUUAUGGCAUUGUACGGAGAACCAUCUGGAACCCACAAGCUGCUGUCUUAUAUGCUGGACAACUUACAAGUUACUGCAAAUCAUCCACCUCAGAGACCAUGGAUACCUUUGACGAGACCGAACAGGACGAGACCGACAUGUAUAUUCACGGUAAUGUGUUACAACGUGCUGUGCGACAAGUACGCGACGCGGCAAAUGUACGGUUAUUGUCCGAGCUGGGCGCUCGAUUGGGAAUAUCGGAAAAAGGGAAUCCUCGAUGAGAUACGACAUUACGCGGCGGACAUCAUCAGCCUGCAGGAGGUCGAGACGGACCAAUUCUACCACUUCUUCCUGCCGGAGCUGAAGCAGGAUGGUUACGAUGGAAUUUUUUCGCCGAAAUCCCGGGCGAAGACGAUGGCUGAGAACGAUCGAAAAUACGUGGAUGGCUGCGCUAUUUUUUAUAGAACGGCAAAGUUUACUCUGAUCAAGGAUCAUUUAGUCGAAUUCAAUCAACUGGCUAUGGCGAACGCGGAGGGCUCGGACAAUAUGCUGAACAGAGUGAUGCCAAAGGAUAAUAUCGGAUUGGCUGCUUUGCUUAGGACGAAGGAGGCUGCUUGGGACAAUGGUCUUCCAUCUGAUCCAGCACAGGUUCAACAACCAAUUUUAGUUUGCACAGCGCAUAUUCAUUGGGAUCCAGAAUUUUGCGAUGUGAAAUUAAUACAAACAAUGAUGCUCAGCAAUGAAUUACGUUCCAUUUUGGACCAAGCUGGCCAGUCUUUUAGACCUGGCCAUAAACCUGACUCUUCCAAUGUUCAGUUAUUACUUUGUGGUGACUUCAACUCCCUACCUGAUUCUGGUGUAAUUGAAUUUCUUACAUCGGGACGAGUAGCGGCCGAUCACCGCGAUUUUAAAGACUUAGCUUAUAAAUCAUGCUUACAAAAGAUCUCUGGUUGCGAUAAACCUAAUGAAUUUACUCAUUCUUUUAAACUUGCAUCUGCGUAUAGUGAAGACAUCAUGCCCUAUACUAACUAUACAUUCGAAUUCAAAGGCAUAAUAGAUUACAUUUUCUAUUCGAAACAAAGUAUGGUACCAUUAGGACUUUUGGGUCCUCUAAGUGCAGAUUGGUUCAAAGAUCAUAAGGUGGUUGGAUGUCCGCAUCCACAUGUUCCAUCCGAUCAUUUUCCUCUGUUAGUGGAACUUGAAAUGACACCAACAGUAGGAACAAGCAAUGGACUGAUCUCACGCAGGUAGCAGCUGCUGCGAUCUAGGCCCAAGUAACUAUAAGGGAAUAAUAAAUGAUAAUAAAAAUGAAAUCCCCAUCACAUUUUCUCUUACUUCUGGCUCUAGCAAUAUCACUCGCAGUCGACAACUAUUUCAAUAGCAAAUGUUAUAAAUACUCCAUAUUACCGCACAUUCAAACAAAAGCUAUCAAAUAUCGAUGAAUAAUUCUAAUGACCAGGUGAAGGGAGCUGUGUUGUAAUGCGUUUAGCCCAUGUAUAGUGUAUUGCAUUUUUAAGAAUUAACUUUCCCCAUAUUAAGAGUAUUUUAACUUCUACUACCAUCGUAAUAUGUAGAUACCUAUUUUCCUACAAAAAGAUAUUCCGAUCAAGCCUCUGUGAUAUUGACAUUAACAAUUGGAACAACUUCACAUAUUUAUCAAGAAAUUAGUGUCUACUAGAAAAAAAAAAAAAAUCCUAAUCUCUUCCUAAAUGUCAUUACAACAUUCUCCAAGCCAACUUUUUGAUAAGAAUGCUGCCAUCCAACGAGAAAUUGUAUUUUUAAACAAAACAAAAACAAAAAAUACGAAAACAUACACGCUAUACUGGGCUGUGCGAAGUGAUUGGAGUUGACUUAACAAUUUCAAUGCAAGUACAAAUCUGUUCUUAUUGGCCACGUAUAUUGAUAAUGAUAAUGUUAUAUAAGGAAAUAGAUGAUAUUGUAGCGAGUGUAUUUGUAAGUAUGGUAAUGUAAUGAUAUUCAUCAUUCAUAGUAUCUUGGAAAAAUCAAUGGACAUUCACUCAUUAAAUGUUCAGUUCCAAUUAUUAAUAUAUACCAUACUAAUUCACUACUUGGUAAUUCAGUUGAAUUCAAUUUGUAUAUGCUGCAAUAUUUCUUUUAUGUUUAUCCCUCUAUCGUGUACUUAUUCUUUAAUCACAUGUACAUUUAUGUCAGUGUAUUUUCUUUCAUUUUUAUUAAGUUUCCGUUUGACAAACUUCAUUAUACAUAAUAAUCUCAGCAGAGAAUGUAAGAUACAUUUUCCAGCAUCGUUUCAAAUUUAUUAUUAUUCAAAUUUUAUAUCUGAAUAAUAUAUAUGUAGUAAUAGUUUGUUGUAUAAUAAUUAGUUUCAUUAUUCAUUAUUGAUCCGCACGCGAUAUGUAUAUUUUUUUUUUUAAUUUUGUAAAUAUUAGAUUUUUUUUUCUUAAACGAUAUAAAGUUGCAUUACUUAUCAUAGUGUGUAAGCAUUAUUGUAUGAUAUGCUUCAAAAUUGCAUGCUUUUCUUAUGUUUAUAAUUUUUUAUUAAAAUCGAUCUAAUUUCAUGCAUUAUUUAUUUCUUUUUUUAUUUCAUUAGAUACAAAGUAAAGCAUGUAUAUGAAAGAAGAUAUUGCAAUAUUAUAAAUUAUAAAGAAUACUUAAGCCUGAUUUUCCUUUUUAACAUUUGCAAUAGCUAAUACAGUGUUCCUAAACAUAUUUCAAACAAAACGGCACUAUCAAUACACUGCAUAACAUUCAUUGUACAUAAUAAAUGUGAUAAGUGUAAAAUGGGCUUGUAAUCUACUUGUAAUUGAAAGAAGUAACAACUGAAUUAUACAAGUAGUAGACAAUUAGUUUAUCAAAGACAUAUGUGUAGUAAAUGUUGUAUAAAGUAGAUAAUUACAAUAUAGUUUUAAUUAAUGGAGGUAGAAGUGGCAAUCCCUAUUUGUAUAUGCAUUCAUUAACAAACGCGCGGUAAGCGAACAAUACAUAUACAAACGAGUUAUUCAUAAAUUUGGGCCUACAUUAAAAUUAACAAAUCGUUCAUUACAUUGUUUAGAAAAAUGUACAUUUAAUUUCUUUAUCACGAUCUAUGUUAAUAUCAAUAGGGUAUAUAAUGUGAAACGCUAACGUUUCAUAAAACUUUUCGAUAGUAUCGGUGUUGGCUACUUCUAAACAUAUAUAUUUUCUUUUUCAUAGAAUUGAAAUUCAAUUAUAUGAUACGUAAUUAUCAUAUAAAGCAAAAUUUUUUAUGAUCCAAUAAAACCUUAAAUAAUUACUGACAUUUAGGUAGUAUUAAAUGUUAAAUUACAACUGAAAAUUGUUUUCCUAAAAAUACCUAUGUUUUUCUCCUAAGCAAAAUUAAUAUUAUUUCACUGGUUUUUUGGUAUUAGAUCAUUUUACAAAAUCAAUUUUGUAUAUUACGUUUCUAAUAUUUUUGGCAUAUAAAAUAAAUGGUACUGACGCAUAAAAACGGGUUGUAUUGAAAUAGUACUGUUAAAGCAUAGCAUUUAAUUAUGUAGGUAUUUUUUUAAGGUGUUUGUGUACAACGUUUUAAUUAUACUUCAUCAGCAAAAUAUAACUGCUUAUAAAUUUAAUUGUAAUUUGAAUAUUUUAAGUGGACACUAUGAUUUGAUAAUUAUAGUUUACUUUUGGAAUGUUAGAACGUGGCAAAGAACAGUAGACAUUCAUGUUAAAUCGAACCGAAACGAUUUAUUUAAAGUGUCAAUGAAGCAAACAUUUAAUACUUACUAUAUCUUGUUUAAUUUAGGGAUCUGCAAGGACUUGGAACGGGUCAGGUUAGAUUUUUACAUGUUAAGUAUCGGAAUUUCCAAAAUUUCAAGUACUAAAUAUUCGGGAAAUCCCGAUGUUGCCUCGUGCAAUCAACCUGACCUGAACCCUUUGCUUGGGAUUUUAGGUCCUCGCAGACCCCUUGUUCUCAUGCAUUUUGGCUCAUACAAAGCCUAUGCCAUAGUAUUCAAGAUAGCUUUGAAAAAACAUAGAAGCUCGAGAAGAUUUAUGAUUAAUAUAAUACUUUAACUUAGAUUUUACACAUGUACCCUAUUUUAAGUACAGUGGUUCUCAAAAACAGAUAUUUUCUUAUUGAGAUAAAUGUACUAUACGCGGCAUUCAUUUUAAUACAAAUUCAGAAAUCACAUGUAAAUUUUCGAUUGACUCAUUACAAUAAUUAAAUUAUGAAGUACAAUAUGACUGUUAGUCACAAAUUAAUAUUUAUCGUUUCAUUUAAUGAACUUGAGGACCACUGUUCCUCAACAUAGUAACAGGACUUUUGCUAAUAUCAAUUCAUAUAAACGCUAAUGCAGAAUACAUUGUAAAAAGCAUACAAGAUUUAAUCAUUUUUUUAUCUUAAGAAAAACGUGAUUUUUUUUACAAAAUAUACAUAGCAAUACUCUUAAAAAGAUCUUCUGCUGUAAUAAACCAUUUUCUAUCUAGUUCGAUGAAUUCUUAUAAACACUGAAUUAUAUUCAUUUGCAUUGUUAAUGAUUAUAAAUACAUUACAUUAAUACUGUUGUUUUAAAUGUUAUAUGCAGGGUGUCCCAUGCUACUGGGCCAAGAUAUAUAAUAAUUCUAAAAUGAUACAAGAUAGAAAGAAAUGACAUUAGGAAAAAUUAAAUGGCGUCGAAUGGAGCACUAUAUGAUGCAUGUGUCCAUACCGGAAGUGGAGGUAUUUCGAAGAUUUCGAAGCGUCUUUUUAUUCUUUACAAAAAGGUAUUAAGGUACUUAGGUCGAAAAUUUAUUAGUUUCAAAGAUAUCUUAGAGACGCCUUCACUUCCGGUACCAACACAGGCAUCGGGUGAUGUUCCAUUCGACACCAUUCAAUUUUUUAUUCGGAUGCAACAGUAUUAACAUAAAAAAUGUGAUAGAAAAGCAUCUAUAAAAUUAAAAACAAAGACAGUUUUAAUAAUUUUUAUAGCGUCAUUCAUCAACAUUUUAUUUUAUCAUGGAAAGGAUGUUAAUUUCAAAGAUGUUUCGUAUUAUUUCAAAGUUGUUGGAGAACAAAAAUAAUAUAUCCCUCUAGUCAACUAGUGCUAUAUUAUAAAGCUAGAUUAUUGCAGGCCUCGAUUGUUUCAUUCUAUUUAUAUUUGUAUAAUAUGAUAAAAAAAAAAGCAAUUAAAAUGAUUUAGGAGAUGAAAUGGUUAUACAAGUAUGACAAUAAAUGAAGUAUUUAGAUAGAAUAAAAGAGUUAUUUAAAUAAAGAUUUACUUUGUACUAAGUAAAUAUUAGUUUCUCAAAUGCUGUACCUAAUAAAUGAUACUAAUUCAUUUUAAUUCAUUCGUACAAUAUACAUUCAUAAAUAUUUUGUUGAUAUUAAUCUUAUAUUGAAAAAAUGAUUACUUUAUUUGUACUUUAAUUACAGAAAGAUUCAUUCCAUAUUUAUAGAGAUAAUAUAAUUUAAUGUCGUUUUAAAUUUGCAACAUUUUUAUAUCGAUUUAAUGAAUUUUGCCAAAUUUUAUGAUAAGAAGAGAUAAGAAUAUUUCGAAUUGAAAAUAUAAAUUACUAUACACACAUUUAGAAUUAACGAACGAAAGUAUUGAAUAACAAAAUGUAAUAAAAUAAUGCAAUAUAAGAAUUCAUCGAACUGUUGCAAAUAUCAUUUGAAUUAUGGAUUUCAUAUAAUUCUUAUUCUUUAAAAACAUUUGAAAUUCCAAUGAACGUUUAAGUAUCUUAAAAUCUCCAUAAUUAUAUAUCACUUUCGAAUCCUCAAUCUUCUGAGCUCCUUCAACCCAUAGAAAACUUCAAUCUUACUUUUAGAUUAGUUAAUAAUAGGCAAAUAUUUUUACGUGAUAAAACAUUAACUGUCAAUCCUGUAUAAUGUAAACAUAAUGUUCUGUUUGAAAUGUUCUGUACAUUAAUAGUUUGAACGACGAGACAUGUAGUUGAUACCUGUACUUUUCUGUACUUUGUAAUUCUGGGCAUACCACGUAAUUUAAGGGUAUAACAUUACAUAUAAAUACAAAAUGACACUAUCCACGCAAUGUUAAUAGAAUAUUAUUGUUUUUUUAAAUUAAGGAAGACAAUUUAACGAGACGCGUAGCUUUCAAAUUACCACGCUGUAAUAAUAUUUAAUGGCUAUAAUUUAUGCGUAUCAGAGUAUAAAUAUAUAUUUAUAAUUAAAAGUAUAUCUGGAGCUAGCAAUUAUGUUAUAUAAUAAUAACAAGUGACACCAAAAGAAUCAUUUUUUAAAUAAUUUUUUAAUAUUUUAGCAAAUAUAUAUAUAUUUUGUUUAGUUUAUUGCACGUGAUAUUAGAAUUUCUAUUAAUAUUUUGGUAUAUUAACCAAGUAUUUAAUAACUAAUCAUUUUGAUUGUAAAACAUGUGUAGUACAAUUAUAUAGGAGAAUCACAAUUUUGAAUACAUAGUCAUUUUUAUGUAUUAUGUUUUUACGAAUAAUCCUAUUACAUUAAGUAGAGACUAAUAUAAUUAAUACACGGUACAUCAAUUCUUAAUAUAAUCCCAAAGAUAAUUUCAUGAAAAAUUAUAUUCUAAUUGUUUUCCCUUACUGCCUCAUAAAUAUAUGUGAUUUAUUUACUUCAACGAAGUGCAAUGCACAAGCAAUCUUAAUUAUGUUCUAUGCGAUAUUGCGUGAUAGUGUCGAUUUUUCACUUCCAUAAACAAAAAUAUAAUUAUACUAGAAUUAUAAUAAGACGAGCACAGCACAUUUCAGCCUGUACUUUUGUAAGAACAUGAUUAAAAAAAAAAAACGUUAUAAACAUCGGAACAUAAUUCUUGCGUCCGUCAUAAGAUUAAUUACAUCUCAGUGUUAAUGAUGUAAAUUCAAUCAGAUUUCGUGUAUGCUUUUGGAAAUCUUUUAUUUGCUUUAUUGGAAAUGUUGGAAUCAAGAUUUAUUUUAUUUCUUUGAAAAUAAAAAACUGUUCGCGUUAGAUUACACGUAUAAUUUUUUCAAAAUUUGACGGAAUAAUGUUAUAAAAUUGAUAAGAUAAUUAUAAUAAUAUAUAACGUUUCUAAAAUAUCUGACGAAUUUUUAAAUAUUGAAUAUGUUAUAAUAGAUAUACUUUUAAAUCAAUAAUUUAAAAUUCUUUUAUUGAAAUUUUACAUGAUUAUACAUUUUAAUGGUACUUUUAUACGUGAAAUCUUAAUUAUUAAAAUAAUUUUUCAAAUUUUGAUAUGUUAUCAAUUGAUUCCAAGUAGGAUACGUUAUAUUUCGCUGAUUUAAUUAAUUAUCGAUGAUUCCUCGUUACCGUAUAUCCAUUAUAAAUACUCAAAGAUUCAUUGAAAGUACAAAUAGGUAGCAACACGGUCCUGAUUGAAUAUUGGAAAAAAAGAGUUGUAAGGACAAUGAAGGAGAGAAUGUGUCUAGUAGGAUAUAAAAAAAGUUUGAAUGCUCUGUCAGUCUGCACUUAAAACACCCUUUUAUUUAGAUAUUCAUCUUACAGUGACAUGUAAUUUAGUUUUUAUUGAAAAUGCAAUGAUUGUAUAUGGGCUGCGUUUGAGUCGUGAUUGAAUGUAACAGUUUAUUAACUAACGUGAAAUAAAUUAAAAAUAUUGCAAAAAUUAA